UGCAUCAUGUUAAUAAUGGACUUGAUAAAUUAGAUUGUAUUACGGUGGAUGGACGUUAGUUAUGCCACUGUUGCUGUGAGCUAUCCUAGCCAAGAGUGUCAAACGAAAUUUUCUGUAAUUUUUGAAUAUAUGACAUCAUAUUUUUUGAAACACAAUCUUUUUCCACGCUUAUCUAUUUUUCUCUUAAAUACACGAUUAUUUCAUAAAUAAUUUAAAUACUUCGGAAAAUGGCAAAUAAUACAGACGCUUCACAAGAUUUGGACAAGUUUCAAACGGAGGAUGAUGCCAGUAGUCCAGCAAAAUUCCCAAAUUUAAAUACAACAUUAUAUGACAAAUCCCAAUCACUGGUAGAUAUUGCGAAUAAUACCUUUAAAGAGUUAUGUCGUACUCUGGAGAAUGAGCAAUCUAAGCUUAUGGAAUUAGAGGAACGUCGCAAGAAGCUACAGGAAGAAAUGCAACGCCUUAAACAGGAAAUCGAAGAAGAAAAGCAUACUUAUCGACUAAAUCUUGUAGAAUCCCUAACAGAGAAUGCAGAAGCUAUGUGCGCGAAAGAAAUGGCGAGUCUUGAAAGUAGUGGUGUGGACAUUGACGAAGGUGCCGAAUUCCAGAAUAAACUAUACACAUGUUAUGAAACCGAUGAAACAGCGGCCGAUGAAGAUGAUACCAAGCAUCCGAAUGACAUUGCACGCAGCAUUCAAAUAAAACUUCAGGGCGUAGUAGCAGAAUGCGUAAUUGAGCAGUGUCAUUACGAUGAUCCAGCUAAUGAGCAAGCAAAAUCCAAGCACACUGUACCGUGAAAUCCAAUUUUUUACUAUUGCGUAUGCACAUCCAGUUGUAAUUGUAUUUUUUUUUAUCUUUUAAAAUUUUGUUCAAGAAAUGUGCAUUUUAUUUCUUAAAUGUUUACAAUAAACGAAAAUUCAUUUAUUUUGUACAAAAA